CAGUGCGUGAUGACCAAAACGAAAAUGGCGGAUGUUGACAAGUGGAUUGAAAUUGCAAAACAGUGCAAAUACUUACCAGAAAAUGACCUAAAGAAAUUAUGUGAUAUGGUUUGUGAAUUAUUAUUAGAAGAAUCAAAUGUACAACCAGUUUCUACUCCAGUAACAGUUUGUGGUGAUAUCCAUGGACAGUUUUAUGAUUUAAUGGAAUUAUUUAAAACUGGUGGACAAAUGCCAGACACUAAUUAUGUUUUUAUGGGAGAUUUUGUAGAUAGAGGUUAUUUUAGUUUAGAAACUUUUACUUUAUUACUUACAUUAAAAGCCAAAUGGCCAGAUAAGAUAGUAUUAUUACGAGGUAAUCACGAAAGUAGACAAAUAACACAGAUAUAUGGUUUUUAUGAUGAAUGUCAGACGAAAUAUGGUAAUGCGAAUGCAUGGAGAUAUUGUUGUAGGGUAUUUGAUUUAUUAACAAUAGCAGCAAUAAUAGAUGAAUGUAUAUUAUGUGUACAUGGAGGUUUAUCACCAGACAUUAAAACAAUAGAUCAGAUUAGAACUAUAGAAAGAAAUCAAGAAAUUCCACAUAAAGGAGCUUUUUGUGAUUUAGUUUGGUCAGAUCCAGAAGAUGUGGAGACGUGGGCUAUGAGUCCGAGAGGAGCUGGCUGGUUAUUUGGGGCUAAAGUUACCAACGAAUUUGUACAUAUCAAUAAUUUAAAGUUAAUAUGUAGAGCUCAUCAAUUAGUACAUGAAGGUUAUAAGUAUAUGUUUGAUGAGAAAUUAGUGACUGUGUGGUCGGCCCCUAAUUAUUGUUACAGAUGUGGAAAUAUAGCAGCAGUUCUCUCCUUUACAGAUUCUGAACAUAGAGAGGCUAAACUCUUCCGUGCAGUUCCAGAUAAUGAAAGAGUUAUCCCCCCCAGAACACAAACACCAUAUUUCCUAUGAUUGAUUCUAGCUUUAGAGACUGUUAUCCAAUAAAAACUGUUUUAACAAAUUCAUAUAUGCAGAAUGAUAUUUAUUAAAUGAGGACAUUUUGUAA